UGCAUCAGCAGAAAAAGGAUUGACAGUCGCCCGCGUUGAAAGGAAAAAGGUGAAAUUCUUGCGGCGGAAAAAAGGGAGCAUUUUCCACAGAUUUAUAAUCACUUUCACUGCACCUGGCGAACUUAAUUUCCCGACGCGCGAAACACGCACGAAACGGUGGAAAACCCACCCCCCCGCUCGAAAUCGUGGUAGUUUGCAAAGGAUUUGGAAAGUGUGUCUCGCUGUGCGUGUGCGCCUGCAUACACAUUCGCAUUCACCGCACACAGGAACACACACACACAGCGCAGCGGACAGGCAGCUGCCUCAGACAAGCAAGCCUUGCAUUUUCUUCGGGGCGACAUCUUUUUUUUUUGUUUCUUAAUUCAAGUGUGGUUUUGCUUCGAGAGUGUUCGCGGUACGCGCCGGACGGGACGGACAAAGCGUGCGGAGAAUUAGCAACACAGUGUUGUUGACACGGCCGGUGCAAAGUUUGCCGAGUGUGCGAAUUUGCGUUCGAUCUUUUCGCCAUCCCAGUUUCGGAAACGUGCUCCCCUCCCUACUCGCCAAGGCCGUGGUGUUGCACAGAGAGUCAUUUGCAAAUAGCUUUCCUGUGAUAGCGUAGUGCCGGAGAGCAGGACGUGCACAAAACCCAAGGGCAAACGUCCUUUCAGAGCCGCCCUGCAAAACCAAACGGGUGUGUGUGUGUGUGUGAGCAUCAUAGAGAAGCUCCGGUGCUGAGACUGCUUCCUUCGUGGUGCCGUACAAAAUGUCGUGGGAACCGCAGCCGGAUGGCCUGAGCCAGAUCAUCACACUGCUGAAGCAGUCACAAUCAACGGACAACAUGGUACAGCGUGCUGUGCAGUUGAAAUUGGAAGAGCUGAACCAGUAUCCGGACUUUAACAACUAUUUGAUCUACGUGCUGACGAAGCUAACGUCCGAGGAUGAGCCGACGCGAUCGCUGUCCGGGUUGAUACUGAAGAACAACAUCCGCAUCCACGGCACCGAGCUGCAGCCGGCCAUCAUCGAGUACAUCAAGCAGGAGUGUCUGAUGGCGCUCGGCGACCCGUCGCCGCUGAUCCGGGCGACGGCCGGCAUCCUCAUCACCACGAUCGCCAACAAGGGCGGACUGCAGAACUGGCCGGAGCUGCUGCCGACGCUGUGCGAUAUGCUCGACUCGCAGGACUACAGUGUGUGCGAGGGUGCGUUCGGGGCGCUGCAGAAAAUCUGCGAAGACUCGGCCGACGUGCUGGACAGCAGUGCGCUCAACCGGCCGCUGAACAUCAUGAUACCCAAGUUUCUGCAGUUCUUCCGCCACUCGAGCCCGAAGAUCCGGUCGAACGCGAUUGCCUGCAUCAACCAGUUCAUCAUCAACCGCACGCAGGCGCUGAUGGUGCACAUCGACACGUUCAUCGAGAAUCUGUUCCACCUGUCGUCGGAUGAUGAUCGCGAGGUGCGCAAGAACGUGUGCCGCGGGCUGGUGAUGCUGCUGGACGUGCGCAUGGACCGGUUGAUGCCGCACAUGAACAGCAUCAUCGAGUACAUGCUGAUCCGGACGCAGGAUUCGGACGAAACGUCGCUGGAAGCGUGCGAGUUUUGGCUGACGCUGGCGGAGCAAUCCAUCUGCAAGGAAGUGCUGACGCCACACCUGCCCCGCUUGGUGCCGGUGCUCGUGCGGGGUAUGAAGUACAGCGACAUCGACAUCAUCAUCUUGAAGGGCGAUGUGGAGGAAGAUGAGAUGAUCCCGGACCGGGAGGAAGACAUUAAACCUCGAUUCCACAAAUCGCGCACACACACCCAGAAACCGUCGCUCGGUGGUGGUGCGAGCGGAGCGGACGGUGCGGUCCGAGCGAUGGAGGGCAAUGACGAUGACGAAGACAUCGACGAUCCGUACGACGAAAUGGACGACGAUAGCAAUCUGUCGGAUUGGAAUUUGCGCAAGUGUAGUGCGGCUGCGCUGGAUGUGCUGGCAAAUGUGUUCAAAGAUGACUUCUUGCCAAUCCUGUUGCCCAUCCUGAAGGAAACCCUGUUCCACGAGGAAUGGGUCAUUAAGGAGAGCGGCAUCCUGGCGCUGGGCGCGAUCGCGGAGGGCUGCAUGAACGGCAUGGUGCCGCAUCUGCCCGAGCUGAUCCCGUACCUGAUCGUGUGUCUGUCGGACAAGAAGGCGCUGGUACGGUCGAUCACCUGCUGGACGCUGUCGCGCUACGCCCACUGGGUGGUAAGCCAGCCGCACGACCAGUAUCUGAAGCCGCUGAUGAAAGAGCUGCUGAAGCGCAUACUGGACGCGAACAAGCGCGUCCAGGAGGCGGCCUGUUCCGCGUUUGCCACGCUGGAGGAGGAGGCGUGCACCGAGCUGGUCCCGUACCUGGGCUUCAUACUCGACACGCUCGUGUUUGCGUUCCGGAAGUAUCAGCACAAGAAUCUGCUCAUCCUGUACGACGCGAUCGGUACGCUGGCGGACUCGGUCGGCCACCAUCUGAACAAGCCGGAGUACAUCAGCAUGCUGAUGCCACCGUUGAUCGAGAAGUGGAACAAUCUGAAGGACGAGGAUAAGGAUCUGUUCCCGCUGCUGGAGUGUCUGUCCAGCGUUGCCACCGCGCUGCACUCGGGCUUUCUGCCCUACUCGGAGCCGGUCUAUCGUCGGUGCAUUUCGCUGAUACAGCAAACGCUGAACCAGGAUUUGGCCAGCACCACCAGCCCGGGCCAGUUCGAGCAGCCGGACAAGGACUUUAUGAUAGUGGCGCUGGAUUUGUUGUCCGGGCUGGCGGAGGGGCUGGACUGUUACAUCGAGUCGCUGGUGUCGAGCAGCAACAUUAUGCAGCUGCUUUACCAGUGCAUGCAGGACUCGAUGCCCGAGGUUCGCCAAUCGUCGUUUGCGUUGCUAGGCGAUCUGACCAAGGCUUGCUUCCAGCACGUGCAUCCACACAUUGCCGACUUUUUGCCCAUUCUGGGCCACAACCUGAACCCGGAGUACAUCUCGGUGUGCAACAACGCGACGUGGGCUAUUGGCGAGAUCAGCAUCAAGCUGAUGGAGGAUACGAAGCCGUACAUUCCGAUGGUGUUAGCACCGCUGAUUGAAAUCAUCAACAAUACCAACACCCCCAAGACACUGUUGGAAAAUACUGCGAUAACAAUUGGGCGUCUAGGUCUCGUGUGCCCCGUAGAAGUGGCCCCCUCAUUGCAACAGUUUGUGCGACAGUGGUGCUCAUCGCUGCGAAACAUUCGCGACAACGAGGAAAAGGAUUCGGCCUUCCGUGGCAUGUGUCAGAUGAUUACGGUCAACCCGGUCGGCGUGGUGCCGGAUUUUAUCUUCUUCUGCGAUGCCGCCGCCUCCUGGAUGACACCGAAGAAGGAUCUACAUGAAAUGUUGCAAAAGAUCCUGCACGGUUUUAAGAUGCAGGUUGGUGAAGAAAAUUGGGCCCGUUUCGUUGAGCAGUUCCCGCCCCAGCUGAGCGAGCGGCUGGCCGUAAUGUACAGCAUCUAAGCACCGGCAGCAUUGCAUCGCUCGUUCCAUAAACGCAAACAUUACAGCCACACAAAGGUUCUCCAACGCGGGAGCGGUGAGUGUAUAUACAUAAUGGGGCAAAUGCUACUAUUAUUAUUUCCAUCAUUUUUGUCAUCCACGAAUGGAACUGUCAACACGGAUGAUAAUGAUUGUUUUUUUUAAAGAAUGGUUAGAGAAAGACGGCCACGAAUGGGUCGUAUUAGCUACAUACCGUGCACAUAUUCUUCUGCCACGAGUUGACAAAAGCUGCCAAAUAAUCAGCUGAGCUUGUAUAUUUUUUUAUCAACAAAGUUGUGAACAAUGCAUUCAAAUUGUAGGCUUGUUUUUUUUUUUUGAAAUUAUACUAGCCCUCGAUGCUCCAACCACCAUUGCACGAUGCAAAAGGAAUUAAGUAGUUUGUUUUCUUUUUUUCAUGAUACAAAAGUAAGAUUUCGAACUAUGGGGGAUGAUAAAUGGGGGUUUGCAGAUAGAAUGCAGACAGAAAACCCUACAGAAAGGGAAUGACGUUGGCCGUAUGGAUGCGUUGAAACAUUCGAUUGUAAAAUAUAACACCCCGGGCAUAAGGUCCCUUUCUUUUUUCGUUCAUCUCUCAGCCGAAAUACAAGCAAAAAAGGAAGGCGAGGCUAUCAAUCAAUCGCUCAUUUUCUCUACUCUAAAACGUAGCCCCCAAAAGCGUGUAUUGAUGCAAUGAUAUCCGUCAUUUAAUAUCGGUUUUACCAUGGAAGCAUGGAACGCGCAAUAAUGAUUAGAAAAUGAACACCACGCGGAGAACAUUCCGUUCUCUUCUGCUUAUUUUUUAUUGUUUUAGUUUGUGCCGUAGGAUGAACACAUAGUUUUGCUGUAGUUGUUUUAGGGCGUGUAUUAUAUAUUUUAAACACACAAUAUCGUAGAAAGAGAAAACGGAAAACCGGCAACGCUCGCGCAGCUUAUUGCAUGUAAAUUGUUACGCGCUCCGUGUAAUUGUGUUAUAAAUUGUUUUUCACACCACUCUCCACGCGCUAUUGUUUCUACGAUAGUAAUUAGCCCAUUUCCCCCCUCAUCAUCGUAUCCAACACUUGUUGUGUCCCCCCGGGUGUGGUUGUCGUUUACGCACGCGGUACAACGUGCAUGCAGCUUCGGGUUGUAAAGUAGAGGCUUUUAUUUUUGCAACUCAUUUUUACCACCGACACCCCGUCGUCUGUGUGUAAGCAUGUACGUGUGUGUAUGUGUAUGUGGGCGACAGCUUUCGUUUUCGUUUAAAACCGGGCUAUCUCAUCUUUUCAUACCUUUCCCGCCCCUCCCUCUCAACAUAAGCUCAUCUUCCCCCAAAAAAAAACAAUCUUCCCUCCGUUAUCCUUUCCUCUACGAGAAAACAAAACAAUAGUACGGUAGGAAGAACUCCAAAUAAGUUACAUUCGAAUACGGUGUGUAGAACGCGCCACACUCUCCUAUCUGGAGACUUCUGGACGUUACAUGUAGGGUGUGUGUGUGUUAGGGUAAAACUAGCGUAGGGCACAAAGGUAUCCAAACAAAGUCGAUAGGGAAAAUUCGUUUCGUUGUGAGGACACACAGGGCAAUCUGGGUAGGGUAUGAGUUAUUAGUAGGAGACAGAAAGGACAACAAACCUUAUACUAGAAGCUAGGGCUGUGCAUCAUGUACUCGGUAGCAUUAUUAUUGAACAAACCCCCCCGGGUCAGACGGGUGGAGUGAGAUAAAAUCAGUUGUGAGGCAGCGGAAACGGAAACAUACCAAAACGGAACAGAUCCAACAUUGCCAAGUAAAGCCAGCAGGAGAUUAAAAAGAAUGGGAAGCGUUAAUAUUGAUAGGGACAAUUUUAAGCCAAUUUAACUCAGAUUAGGGUACACAAGCAUAGGGAUAAUGUUAGGGCAAAACAAAACAAUACUAUGUAGGGAAUCAGUGUGACUGAGAUAGAGAGAGAGAGCGUGUGUGAAUGGGGUGUAUGAGUAUGAUUGCGAGCAAAAUGCCAUUAGUGCUUACUUUUUCCGUAGCGUGUAGUUUGUUGUUCAAGGCGUUUGCUAAAGGCUAAAUGUUUUCUGAUUUCCGAUAUCUGAAACGGAGUUGAAAACGGUAGAUCAAACAUACACACAUCCAAUCCAAACAAUCAUCUUCGAUUGCGCCGUGCCGUGUGCACAUAUCUGUAUAGAACUUUCGCCUCUUCGCUAAAGAGAUUAAACGAAACGUUGUUCGCUGUGUAUUGUUUUUUGUUUUUGGUCAGCAAUCAGCAAUUAAAAGCAAAAAGAUCGUGUCGUGUAAGUAGUGUCAAACGCGUUUUCCCUUAGUUCUGGAAUCGGUGCAGUUACCGGGUCAGAGUGCAUGGGGAAGAAGGUUAGUAGGGUACACAGGGCAACAAAACAGAAAGUGAUAUUAUUAUUAAAACAAGGAGUUCAAAUACGUAAGGCACAACAGUAGGGACAACAGAGCAAAGGUUAGGGCAGUUAGCGCAGGGCCAAAUAAUCGUGCAUUCGUCGCGUCGCGUUUCGCAAAAAAGCAUAAUCCGGGUCGGGUCGUUAAUUCUUCGCGCGCGUUUCUAUAUCGGGUCGUAAUCGUCGCGGGUCGCGUUUAAUAGAUAAAAUGAAACAGAGUUCGGUUCGGUUCGGUCGCGUUAUUCGUCUUCGUCGUCGCGUUAUUUAUCCGUCAAUCCGUGUCCGGUGUGUUUAGGGGGAAUGUUGGGGGAAAACGUUGCAUCAAACGAAUCCGUUUACAAAUUGGGUUUUUGUUUUAGCUUGAUUUUAUUAUGGGGUGUCGUGUUAGUUGUACAUCCACACAACUGAAAGUACUCUGCUAUCUUUACAAAACUUACUAAUGAUUUAGUUUCAACAAACAGAGAAAUCAAAUCAGAACGAAAGGAACAAACUAAUUAAAGUAACUUUGAGCCAAGAACUGAAGUAUAUAAUGAAACAAAAGUCUACUGUGCGGAAGAAAAAGGAAGAAAAAACCUAAUCAAACAUACCGUGGGAUUGACAGAAAAUUGCAAGUCUGAAAACAUUAUCUUUAAAAAAAACCCAAGACAGUACUAACACACAACACAAGAGAGUUCGACUGGUUUUACGUUUAGUAGGUAUGCACAAAAUAAAACAAAAAACAAAACUCAAUCCUUGCCGCCCUAGACAAAGAAAGGGAGACAAAUCAAAACUCAAAGUGUAGUGCGCACAGAGAGAUGUUAGAUCGCGUAUGCGUUUGUGUGUGUGUGUUUGUGAGUGUUUGUAGAUAGGCAGACUAUUUGAGACGCGUGGGUGUGGUGGUGCCAUUAGUGUGUGAUAGUGAGAUAUUAUUUAUUGCUCCAGCGCAUAACAAGCAAAACAAAAACAUGAUAAUAAGUAUUCUAAAGCAACUUACUGCAACACUGAUACCAUUCUGCAAAAAAAAAAAACAGGAACUUUACACAACCAAAACCACAAACUAUUAGAAAA